UUCAUGGAGCUCCUUUGCUUCUCUGGAAACUCUGGUGGUUCCCCAUGUGUCUGCAGCUUUACCAGGUUAUACGGGAAUAGACCAUAAAUCGGAUGAUGAGGGUCCUGCGCCGAAGAAAGCCAGAUUGACAGACGGCAUUGAAGACUACUCACUGCCCAUGGAAAUGGCAAGUGCCUAUAAGCUGGAGGCAGCUUUCUUGAAAGGCCAUCAAGCGGAGGCUUCACCGUACCAGCCGGGUACAGUGGUCAUCCAGCCACCGAAACGAUUGCCUCCCGAGGCGGAGAACGGUCGUCGCAUGUAUAUACCCGAUUUGGAUCAAGCCAUCACCCAUCGCGAAGUAUUUAACUAUUUCUGCAACUUCGGGGAUCUGGAAAGGGUUUGCGUGAAGAACGGCACGGAUAACUUGAACUACGCCAUGGUUCUCUUUUCACGCACUUCCUCCAUGGAACAGGCCAUCAAGUCUAAUCCACAUACGAUCAAGGGACACCGUUUGAACUGCCGUAAGGCCAACGAAAGAUCUAAAAAUAAAACAAGCAAGCAGCCCUUUGGGUUUUCCAAUAAACAACGGGAAUCCUGCAGGAAACCUGGUACAAACCCGAUUAAGCCACCCAAUCCUCCUGUUUGGCAGCUAAAGAAAAAGGAGUCAAAAAGAAGUAACCAACAGAAGCUAAAGAAGUCUUCGAAACCCCUUCGCAGGUCGGAACGCCGUCAGCAAAUGAACAAAAAAGUGGCUCCCAGGAAAUCGGAUAGAACAUAUGUGUAUGCAGUGACUACCAAAGAUAGGGUAUCCCGGUGGAGCUUCAAGUUGUGCAGGUGCACUUUGAGUCCGGACGAGAAGAGUUCAAGGGAAAGGGGUAUGCCACAGGCGGCACAGAUCCUCCUGGAUGCUCGCCCAAAAAAGGCAGUCAAGUUUACCACCUUGAAUGCUCCGAAUAGUCCAGGAACUUCAAGUGAUAGCAAGCCAAAAUCUCCAAAUCUAUGCUUAGCCCCAUCCUUGCCCUCCCUACUGAAUCAUUCUCCCCUGGUUCCUUUGCCCAAAAGUGUCAUCCCAGAACCUUCCAAACCCGAUCUGCGAUCCGUUAUUUUGUCCACAUUGGGUCAGGAUUACGUGCAUCACUGCUAUACAAAUGUGGAGGCUUAUCGGAGGAGCAAGUGCUAUAUCGAUCUCCUGCCCGAAGAAAGGAUGAAGCGACCCACUGUAAAAGAGUAUGUGGAUCAGAUUUACGGAGAAAAAGAAAACAAAUGGACAGAUAUAUAA